CAGAGCGCAGUAGUACGCAGAGGUGAAAGCUCAGCGUGACAGUGUGUGUGAUCUCUCCUCUGUGAGAGAACAUGGGACAUAUUUGGGUAUGCGAGAGCAUUUACAGCACAAGCAAUAAUAACCUGUGGGUCUAUUGGAUUAUUGUUUGAUCCCUUAUUUACCGCGACUGAUAACGCGCAGAGGUCCCGAGACGAGCAGCGCGAAUCUUUGUUAUUCAGAGAAAUGGAGCCAUGAUUUCUGCCAGACGAGUUAGCAUCGGCUGCUCAAGCUAACUGGAGCGCGAAUGUGGAUAUCCUUCUUCCCUUUGUCAGGCUGAAGUUUUUCUUACAUCAAAUUGCUGCAGGAACAUAUUGUGGUUACUGGACGAGUGAAUACGGCUGGACAUUUUAAAGGCUGUACACUUUAAACCAUUUCCGGGUCUGGACUGGACGGGUGGGAAAUGGUUUGAUUUGGUCUGUCUGCUGAUUUGGCCUGACACCCAUUUAAAGAUAGACCUGACACAAGAGACUCAGACCCCCAAAGCUCUGGAGGAUCCAGGGCCCAUCUUUGACAUCAGUGAGGGACACACACAGUUGUCUCCUAUCCUUUGCUCUCAGCCUGGCUCUGAUGUGAGCGAUCAUGGGCACCCAGGGCAGCCCUGUGAAGAGCUACGACUAUCUGCUCAAGUUCCUCCUGGUGGGAGACAGCGAUGUGGGAAAAGGAGAGAUUCUGGACAGCCUUCAAGAUGGAUCUGCUGAGUCUCCAUAUGCCUACAGCAGUGGAAUCGACUACAAGACUACCACAAUCCUGUUGGACGGGCGGAGAGUGAAACUAGAGCUUUGGGACACCUCGGGACAAGGCAGGUUUUGCACCAUUUUCAGGUCGUACUCCAGGGGAGCGCAGGGGAUCCUGUUGGUGUAUGACAUCACCAACCGCUGGUCAUUUGAUGGGAUAGACCGCUGGAUCAGGGAGAUUGAUGAGCAUGCACCUGGUGUGCCCCGUAUUCUUGUGGGUAACCGGCUGCACCUGGCUUUCAAGCGACAGGUCCCCACAGAACAGGCACGGGCAUACGCAGAAAAAAACGGCAUGACGUUUUUCGAAGUGAGCCCCCUCUGUAACUUCAACGUCAUAGAGUCGUUUACGGAGCUCUCACGCAUCGUGCUCAUGAGGCAUGGCAUGGAGAAGUUCUGGAAGCCCAACAGAGUAUUCAGUCUGCAGGACUUGUGCUGCCGCGCCAUUGUUUCCUGUACCCCUGUGCACCUAAUCGAUAAGCUACCGCUUCCUGUAGCCAUCAAGAGCCAUUUGAAGUCAUUCUCCAUGGCGAACGGCAUGAACGCCGUCAUGAUGCACGGUCGUUCCUACUCGCUGGCCAACGCCGCCGGAGGCAGCAAAGGCAACAGCCUCAAACGCUCCAAAUCCAUCCGGCCGCCUCAGAGUCCGCCACAGAACUGCACCAGGAGCAACUGUAAGAUCUCCUAGCCUCUGGGCAUAGGGGUGGGGCCGCCCCCUCCCUUCCCUUCCCUUAUAUAACACUCAGGUGCACACGGGCAAACACACAAGGAAACCGACACAGGGCUGGGUCGAUGACGCAACAGAGGUGUGGCACCUCCCAACGUGGAGAGAACGGCUACAUUGUUCCCCUCACAUUGCUGCAGUACAUUUGAUUUCUCACCCACAGACCUUGAAUAAAAAACCGAGUCCUUCAUCAGACUCUUUGUUUUUUAAUGCAGUGAUCACCGACAGCAUGUUUCCUUCUUCACUGGCGCCCUCUGCUGGAGAAUUCAUGCAGAUUAAACCCUGCAGUGGCUGACAGGCCUCAUUUUGAAGUUGUUACGCUUUGGUUGAGUUCUCGGUUGCUCACACUCAUAAUCCUCUGUGCUUUGUAUAUGGUUUUCCUCUUUUUGGCUCUUCUGUUCUGAAAUAGCCCUUCUGUUCUCCCUGCAACAUGGUCACAUGGUCUUGCAUGCUUACCAACAAUGAGAGGGCUGAUGCGAAAUUACUUGUAGUGCUUGCGUAUGAACUGAUGUAUUAAAAAUGUGAUUUGCACUGCAAAUUGGUGGUCUUUGAAUUUGCCGGCCGUUUGCACAAUGACUCAAUCAACAUAGUGAAUUAACAACAGAAUGUGGACUGUGGGACCACUCGGCUAAAAAGAGAGACGGCACAAGCAUUUCCAUGUGCAUUCUGUUUGCUGGAAAGUCCUUGAAGAUCCAGAAAAAAAGGUGUUACUCUUUAGGUCAGAACCGGCUUCUCCUUAAACACGGAUUACAGGAAAUUUCUCCUCAGGGGACAGUAUUGGCAAAGAGGUUUUUUUUAUUUGUAUUUUUUUACUCGGCUCCUCUGACUUGCUUUUUCCUGCAUGAUUUGUGGGAUUAUUCAUCACAUUUACAAUAUUUUAACAUACUGUAAUUACCUCUCCUAAUGGCCAGCGUUCAGUACCACAACUGCCUGAUUUUUCUCAUUUGUAAAACCUUCAGUUGCCACACAUUUGAUUUCAGUACUUUCCCGUUAUACUUUGGCAAAAAUGCACAAUGAUUUCAAAUCCCAUGUGUUCUACCAGUUUUCAGUGUUGUCGCAUGAGUUCAAAAGUCUGCUCUUUUGCUCAGAGCCCUUUUAAUCUGCACAUACAGCAUGGUUUCUCUAUAUAUAUGACGGAAUGAAGGAUAAUAAACCCAUUCAAGCUUGCUCCUAAAUAUCAAGCACAGAUGAAAUCUA